AUGGAAACUAGAGAACCAGAGGUUAUUAGAGAUAAGGAAGCGAUGAGAAGAUGGUCGAGAAGCGUUCGAUCACAAGGGAGGACCAUUGGUUUGGUGCCCACAAUGGGUUACCUCCACGACGGUCACUUGUCACUCGUCCGUCAAUCCCUGAGCCUAGCUGACGUUACCGUCGUCUCAAUCUACGUCAACCCAGGACAGUUUUCUCCCACCGAGGACCUCUCUACUUACCCUUCUGAUUUCUCCGGCGAUCUCGCCAAGCUCGCCGCUCUUUCCCGUGACAAUGUCGUCGUAUUCAACCCGAUGAACCUCUACGACUACGGUGGAGAUGAUGGCGAGAAGAAGAAUAAGACAAAUGAUAGAGGGAGUGUAGUAAGCUGUGUGGAAGAGGGUGGCUUAGGACACGAGACGUGGGUUAGAGUUGAGAGAUUGGAGAAGGGCUUGUGCGGGAAGAACAGGCCUGUGUUUUUCAGAGGAGUCGCCACCAUUGUCACCAAGCUUUUCAACAUCGUGGAGCCUGACGUUGCUUUCUUUGGAAAAAAAGAUUAUCAGCAAUGGCGAAUUAUCCAGAGAAUGGUUCGAGAUCUUGAUUUUGGUAUAAAGAUAGUAGGAUCAGACAUAGCUAGAGAAAAGGAUGGACUUGCGAUGAGCUCUAGAAACGUGCGUCUUUCUGCUGAAGAAAGGCAAAUGGCGUUGUCUAUUAGUAGGUCACUGGCAAUGGCUAAAGCUUCUGCAGCGGAAGGGCAAACCAAUUGUAAAGAGCUUAAGGAUAUGAUCAUUCAAGAACUUGUUGGAGCUGCAGGACGAAUAGAUUAUGUCGAGACUGUUGACCAGGAAACUCUGGAAGGAGUGGAAGAGAUAAAGAGUGGAGUGGUGAUUUGUGUAGCUGCGUGGUUUGGAGUGGUCAGGCUCAUAGACAACAUUGAGAUCAAUGUCUCCUAA